UCAAGUCUAUUGUCGACAACAUCAGACUUUUAUAAAAACUUAUAAAACAAGUGACUGAAUUAUUUUUUAUUUUUUUUCUACAAAUUAAAUUUAUUAAAAAAUGGCGCUCAAGAAAAUUAAUAGUUGUUGCUGCUUUAGUUUAAAAACGGGUACACUCAUUAUUGGAAUUGUGGCAAUGUUAAAUUAUUUGAGCUUCUACGCAAUAUUAAUAUUCAAUAACGAUGUAUGUAAAGCAGUAGAGAGCAUGUGUUUCGACACAACGCAAUUAGGGACGAUAUGGAAAAUUUCUUACAACACACUCGGGUCUUUAUUGACACCGCUAAUGAUUUAUGGGUCACUUAAGGAGGAUCACAAAUUAAUGUCACCGUUUAUUGUUUUCCAAGCCAUUCAAAUUGCCGUAGAAAUUUUUAUAUUUGUAGCCAACGCCGUUGGAUUUUUUAUUCAUGACUUGUCAUCCGGUUUCAUUUUCGUCAUAAUUGGAAUGAUUAUUUUGAAUAUUUUGAUCUAUCUUUGGCACGUGAUUUACAGUCGCAGCGCGGAAAUAAAGAGUUUGAACCCACCCAGUUAUAAAAAAACAAUGUCACCUUAUGAGGUUUACUGUUAAUUUUAUGUAAAAAAUAGAAAUGAGUGU